UGCUCUAAAAAAUGGCCAAUAGGAGGCCAGAAAGAGCUGCAAAGCCCUGGACCGGAGCCUCUUAUCAGAUGAAGCGAGACAGAGACCAGUGUGGACAUCAAGACCAGCUCUCAAAGUCUCAGGCAUCAAGUGACUGGAUGGACUGGAUCCAUCACUUCCACAUCAAGGCGGCUGUGAAUCCGAAACGGGUGGACUGCCAGAGCUGCCCCAGACCAGCCUCUGAAGUUGACAAUAUCCAAGCAACCUCAAGAUGGGAGCAACGACUCUGCAUGCCCUACAUCCUGACGUCCCUGUUGACCCUGUGGAUGCCCAGCUGGACUGGCUACCACUCAGAUUCCAUGGCCCUGAGGACUGAGCUGGUUUGGAAGGCUACCCUGUCCCAAGGGGACCCCUAGUCCUGGGUACCUAUUAAUAUAACUAAUUACCCUCCUCAAGGGGCAUGCCUCCUUCAGAUGGUGUUAGCACCCUGGUUUUGGUCAGCGGAUUGUCCCAUUGACCUCAUCCUGUUGUGAUGGGACUGCCCAGGCCAGAAGAGACUGCACUGCCUUGGAAAGAUCUCCCCAAAUGGUUGCUGCAUAUGGGUGUAUCCCCAGAGAGCAUGAUGACAACUGGAGACCUCUACUGGUUUUUCUUCAAGGAGUGGUCAUGUGUGGACUUGGCCUCUGAAGGAGCUUGGCAGGGAGCUCCCACUUCAGGGCGGGGGAUUAAAGGUGUGACAGGUCAAGAAAGAGGACAUCAAAGUGGCAGGACCUUUGACUUAUCUUCACAUAGGCAGAACUGGUAAAAGAAAGGAGCCAGGGGCUCCUCCCAAGCCCAUGUGACCCCUGAGGAACAGAUCCUCAAAAGACCUUAAAAAGAGUAAAA